GCGUCCCCCGUGGACAACACACAUAAGUGUCUGUUGCUCUUCACACUCCUGUUCCAACCUUCUGAGUUCCAAGUGGUGGUGACCGAACGGUCUGGCGCUGUGUUGCCACAGGAAGCAGGCGAGCUAGUGUGUGCGUGUGUGUCUGUGUGUGCAGGUGUGUGUAUGAUUGCAUGAGAGUUCACCAGGGUGACCCAAGUAGUCCGUCUGUUGUUGGUCUGUUUGUUUCUAUGUGCUGUAAACGUGCAGGUCAGCGCCGGGCUCGUCCUCCAGGGAAGGUGUGUGCUUUUCCCUUUGAGCACCUGAACUUAAGUGUGCGGAGCAGCUGCUGUCGGAGGAGUCCAGGAGAGACGUUAACCAGGAGCCAUGCGGAGCGCUGUGAUGCUGAUACUGCUGCUCAGCGGCGAGAUUGCUGCUAUAAACGAGGUGACCAUUAGGCCGGAGACCCGAGUGUCACCCGGAGCAACUAAAAACACAACUCUACAGUCUGGUCCCACUGAGGGGACACCAGUGAGCAAUACCUCCCCCCUGAGGACACAUCCCGAUGUCGAGGUUGUGCACGCCGAAGCUGUAGCGGAAACCCAGCCGGACACAGACACUCAGAUUAUAAACUCGACCGGUGGAGAAAAGGACAAACCGACGGCUCCAGGUGCCGAUGUUGAACCACAGCCUACGUCUCGAAAUGGAACUGAGCAGUUUCCUGAUGCUCGCCUUGACAUACUAGGAGCAAUGGAGGAGCCUUUGAGCACUGAAGGAAGCAUCGCAGCCAAGGCUCCUUCAGUACACACACUUGAAACUGCUCAUCAAGCGAUCGAGGAAAGUGCUGACACAGCCCUUUCAAGCCUUAACGUUCCACCUGAGAACCCUGAGGGUGUCUCAUCAGAAGCUGCAAGUACAGCAAGUCCGGAGAUUGCUUUCCCUCAUGGGCCACAGUCUGCUACGAGAUCUCCUCAUGUCUCAGGUCCCGUCACAGAACCUGGGUCAGUCACUUCCAUCGCGUACCCUUCAUCCGUAAAGGAGGGAAGAAAGGAGGCACCGCCGCUCGUCAUUAUACAUCCAGUUUCAGUAGAUCCAGCUGCUGAACUCUUAAGACAUACAGGAGGAAAUCUAAAGGAGAACUUUACAGCGCCUCAGAAAGGUCCAGCUUCAAACCCGACUGUUUUAACCUCCACAGUCCAAAGCGGAGAAGCACCAAGUACCAGGAACACGGAGGGGCAGAUGGGCAACGUUUCAGCCGGCGCGAUGAAAGAAAAAGAUGAAAUGCAUGACAGGUCGCAAACUGUCUCACCCAGGACAGAAAUAUCAUCACGAGCGCUUCCAGGUGAAGAGCAGGUGAGUGGGACAGAGACAGAGACACAUUCAGAGGAGGAGGACGACUCGGGAAGACGUCAUGAUAAUGACACGGCGUUUUCUGAGGCUUACGACGAGUCCACUCCUGAUCGGUUCGGCGCUGAAGGCUCUUUAAUCAAAUCAGAGACCGAAUCCCCACAGCGGUCUGUUGAAGCAGCCAAUCAGCCGCCUGCAUACGCGGACAGACGUCAGGGGGCGGGAUUAACACCUGGGAUACAAAGUCAACGGGGGUUGCAGGGUCCACCCGGACGUUCAGGACCACCGGGGCCUAAAGGAGACAAAGGUUAUCAAGGCGUUAUGGGCCGGACCGGGCACACCGGGUAUCGGGGCCCCAUUGGUCCUCCAGGGAUACCUGCUAUUGUUGUAUUUAAAACCUCUGAGGAAGAGUGGGAGGCUUUCAAGAAAAAGAAGAUCUAUAAAAAGUUGGUUUCUUCAUGGCCGAAACGUUGGGGGCCUCCGGGGCCACCUGGACCUCUUGGAGAUGACGGCCCAAUUGGGCCACCCGGAAUUACUGGGAAACAAGGACAUAAAGGAGUUCAAGGGGAAAUCGGCAAUCCCGGACCACAAGGUAUGCCGGGCCCCGAGGGCCCACCCGGGCCAGAAGGCCUCCCAGGACAGAACGCCGAUCCGGGCCCUCCAGGCUUACCUGGUGAACAGGGUCCCCAAGGCUACAGAGGAGAGAAGGGCUGCAAAGGGGAGCUGGGUGAGUGGGGAUAUCAUGGGGAGGCUUGGAUUGCAGCGACUCAGAGGACAAAAAAGUGA